AUAUUUAAUGGAGUGCAAAAGAGAGAACUAUAACGAUUCCUUGUGCUCUUUGUGUGCUCACAAUUAUGUUUACUUCUUCUGAAAGGUACGAUUUCAAAGAUGAAGAAGUUAGCUAUAUAAUAAAAACCAAAGAUGAUGUAAACGAAAAGCUGGCAUCAAUGAUUUUGGAAGACUUUGUGCCUGUACUAACAUAUGUGUAUAAAUCACAGGCCUUUAAAGAAUUGGAGGCGUCUGUUCAUCAAAUGAUCGAAGGGUUUUUACGGAGAAAAUUCAAGGAAGCAGAAUCUACGUUUAACAAAGAUGACAUCCGACAUUUUGCGGACCAUUUGAUUCUCGCUCGUAUGGAGGCGGAAGAGGAGGAGGGUAAGGAUGCGCUCGCUGGACUUGAUGAGGAUCACCUUAUCCAAACUCUUGCUGACAUAUUUUCCGCUGGCACAGAUACAUCCCGAUUUACGCUACAGUAUGCCCUGUUAUACAUGGUGGCAUUUCCUGAUAUACAAGAAAAGGUUCAAGAAGAGAUAGAUAACGUUGUUGGGAAAGACAGAUUACCAGGAGUUGCAGACCGCCCUAAUCUUAGUUACACGGAAGCUGUAUUACAUGAAAGUAUGCGGCUUGCAAGCAUUAAUCCAACUGGACUUUUUCAUCAAGCUUCUUGUGAUUCAGAAGUGUCCGGAUACAGAAUUCCAAAAGGCACAAACAUCGCUAUCAAUUUCUGGGCGCUUCACCAUGAUCCAAGCGCCUGGGAUGACGUUGAUCGAUUUAUUCCAGAAAGAUAUCUAGGUGAAGAUGGAAAACUUGGACCUAAGCCAAAAAACUGGCUGCCAUUUUCGGCUGGAACAAGGGCAUGCCUUGGAGAGUUUGUAGCAAAACCCGAGCUACAUUUGAUCUUUGCAAGUUUAAUGCAACGUUACAAAUGGAAAAUGGAGACUGGAAUAUGUCCAGACAUCACUCCCGUUGGCACAUUUAUGCUCUUAACUUGUAAGCCACAGAAGGUCAUUGUUGAGAAGAGAGUUUAACAUUGUAAAGUUAUGCAAAUUAAGAAUCAAAUAAAUUUGAAAAGAGAAACAAAAGUGACAUGCAAUUGUACAUAACACAUGUUUGUAUUUCAUGAAAACCUAUUAAAGUACGAAGCUCAGGGUGUUUUAUAAACAUUUCUGUGGAUAUAUUCAGGUAAUAUAAUUUCUUGGUUAUAAAAUGGAACGUUUCUACAUUAACUCUUUUAAAUUAUUGAAAUGUGGCGUGAUUAUUAUGAGCAUCAUAUGUGAGAGAAACAGUAUAGAACAGUAUGCAUUAUUAAACAAUUUCCUAAUAAAUGCUGCUUGUUGUUA